AUGGAGCUAGAUGAGAUUGAUUUUUUACAAAGUGAUUUAGACGAUAUAACUCUAUCACAAAUAUGUGAAGUUAUUGAAAAUGAGGAGUGUGCAUUAGAAGGAAUAAACGACAUGUGUAUCGGAGAUUUUGAUUUCGGAUUUCUUUUCGGAGAACAAGAAGUUCUUAAAACUGAGCCACCCCCAGAAACCCCCGAACCACAGGGGAGGUUUGCAAGACCUAUAACCGAUAAGGAAAUAAAGCUUCUCACGGAGGAUCAGGAGUGUAAGAAUACCAAAUCAAACACGAGGUGGGCAUUAGGCGUUUGGAGAAAGUGGCGGGAGGAGAGAAAUAAACUUUCGUCGAAUACCGGUGAGUUUAUUCCAGAAUUUUCUGCAAUGGACGCUACUUGUAUGGACUAUUGGUUGCAAAGAUUUGUCGUUGAGGUUCGCAAUCAAAAGGGGAAUGAAUACACGCCCAAAUCGUUAUAUUAUCUUAUGUGUGGUUUGCUGCGACAUUUGCGUGAUAUUGAACUAUUUGGAAUGAACUUUCUUGACCAUAAUGACAAUAGAUUUGCACGGACACGUAAAGUACUCGACGCCCGAAUGAAAAGCCUCGUAGCCCAGGGGAUAGGAACGACUGUGCGACAGGCCGACUGCCAGAACAAGAAGAUAUUCUAUGGGAAAAAGCUGUGCUGGGGCAAAAUUCCGCCAUUUCCUUACAAAACACAGUUUUCUUCUAUGCCUGUAAAGUGUUUGGGCUUCGUGGAUGUGAUGAACAUCGUCAGCUCAUGUGCGAACAGUUCAAACUUGGGUCUGACGCACAGGGGAAAUUCAUUCAGUUUGUGGGCAGACAUAACAAGACGUACCAGGGAGGACUACGUCAAAUGCAACUGA